AUGAUGUCUCGACAAAUCGCUGCAUCCUUCUCAGCUGCUGAAGCGUUUUUUAAUUUAUUUGAUCGAAAACCAGCUAUUGACAAUACAUCUACUCAAGGACAAGAAUUGGUUGAUUUUCGUGGAGAGAUAAAAUUUGAUCGAGUCAAAUUUUUCUAUCCAACUCGACCAGCAUCUAUUAUUCUUAACAAAUUUCAAUUAAAUAUCAAACCAAGUCAACGUGUAGCUCUUGUUGGUACAUCUGGAUGUGGAAAAUCAACAAUAAUUCAACUAUUGGAACGAUUCUACGACGUUACAAGUGGUCGACUACUUCUUGAUGGCAUUGAUAUCCGACAAUUAAACCUUAAUUGGGUUCGUUCUCAUUUCGGUCUUGUCAGUCAAGAACCAAUUUUAUUUGAUUUAACAAUUGCUGAAAAUAUAGCAUAUGGCUUAGAAAAUGUUCCAAUGGAAGACAUUAUCAAUGCAGCAAGUAAAGCUUGUAUUCAUCAAUUCAUUGAGCAAUUACCUCAGGGUUACGAGACAAAAGUAGGGAUGAAAGGCAGUUUUAUGUCAGGUGGUGAGAAACAACGUAUUGCUAUUGCUCGAGUUCUUAUUCGUCGACCUAAAGUAUUGCUCUUAGAUGAAGCUACGAGUGCCAUGGAUUCACAUAAUGAACAAAUUAUACAAGAAGUUCUUGAACAAACUCAAACAGAAGACCCUAGCCGAACAUUACUGAUUAUUGCUCAUCGUCUUUCAACUAUUCGUUCAUGUGAUUUAAUUUGUGUACUUGAUAGAGGACAUAUAGUGGAAAGUGGUACCCAUACAGAAUUGAUACAACGACAUGGAAUUUAUUAUAAAAUGCAUGUUCAAAAUAAUUUGUAA